AUGGAUUUUAUCAAUGAUGAUAGACAGUUGCAGUACGCUAGGUAUGCGGUGAAACGUUAUAGGAAGUGCGAACCUUUGGAGACUGCUGUAGCAAGCAAUAAACGCCACAUUGUGAAUGUUGACGACACCUCAAGGAUAAACUAUGAAAUGAUCAAGAAUGCCCCUGGGAACCUGCCAGCUGUUUCGGGGACUAUUUCGACAGUUCAGGAUAAUGAGAUAAGUCGACUCAAGACAAAGACUUAUAAGAGCAGGCUCUAUGAGUUGAACGAUGAGUAUUUAGAACGUGCUAACGCGCAAUUGGACCAUUUGAAAAAACAACCAAAGGCUACGUCAGUGGUUCCAUUGGAAUCCCAGCAGGUGUGGCUUGAGCAGAUUCAGGGGAACCUUUUGCAAGAGUACAAGGAGCUAGUGGAGGACGAGAAGAAGUGGAUUGUGCUUAAAGAACUUUUACUCGACGCGAAUGUCGAACUCGACUUGUACAGCGCGCAGGACCAAGGGAAGAAGCAAGUGAAACUAGGGUCGGUAGCAGUACCAACGCACUCCAACGCCAACGCACUGCUAUUUAACAGACCAAAGAGGCCCAAGGUCAAGAACAAGGGCCACCAUGACAACAUUUCACCCAUAGUUUGA